CGACUGCAUGAGGCAAGCGGCAAGCGGGUAGCGGCAAGAAGCAAGAGGAAAGAGCAAUAAGAAAAGCAAGGCAAUAGCAAGGCAGAAGCAGAAAGCAGAAGCAGAAGCCGCUCCGCGUUCAACACAGGCAGCUGUUAACUAUCAAGCUGAAGUUUCGAUCGUAACUUUGCAGUUCACUAUAGCGCACGGAAGCGUUCGGAAGUGAAAUAUAUUUUAUUAAAUAAUAUUAAAGCAGUUGUAUACCUGAAUACGCCUAGCCGAGAUCGCGCCGCUUAACACGCACGCAAUAUCAUCAUCAUAAAAUAAUAUAACUUGACAAAAGCGAAUCGCCGUUUUUUUCUCAAGUUUGCCGUACAUCUUGUUUCCAUGGCAAUAAAAUCGAGACGGUUUCUUGAAUUGAGUGUCUGCAAUUAGCCAGCAGAUAAAGAAAGGAACGUUUUUUAUGAUUUCAUGUUUUUUAAUUGCACGUCACUAAGAAAUAUUCGUGUUUGGAUAAAAUAUAGAAAUAUUCAUAAACGUAAAAACGACUUUAAACCGACGGUAAACACUACGUAACAUUGGGCAUUGCAGUUUAUAUUAUAUUUUCUGCUGAAUUGAUUAUUUGCAGUAAACUUAAAGAAGAAUUCUUGAUUUCCGUCAUAAAGGAAUCAGCCCACCAACGCUAACCAAUACGCCUACAUAUACACACGCACACACACAGCACCAACAGUCAUCACAUUUCUGUGUAGUGGUUGCAAACGCCAGCAUUUUAUGUAGCUAAUACAACAACAAAGUCAACAAAUUGUUAAACAACGAUAGCGAAGGUGAAAGAGUAGAAAGAGUGAAAAAAGGGGGAAAACAAAUAGAAAAACAAAAACAAACAGAAACAGAAAAACACUAAUAAUAACGCGACAACAAAUAUUAACGACAACGUUCCUCAUAAAAAGUAGCAACAAAAAUAGUGUAAACGACUACUAAAACAGUAAUAGCAGAGAAGAAAAAAAUCCCCAACAACAACAAAAGCAAGUAUACAUUCUGUACGCGUAUAUAGUGGCUGGAAAAGAAAUAAAGUGUCAAAGCGAAGCGAUUUAAAUCACUUCGCCACCACCACAUACCCAUACACACACACAUACUUACACAAGAGCUUCGUGGAAAAACGUACCCCAGCCCACCCCCAGCAGGGUAGCAGUAAACGUGAGCCGACAGCUAUACACCGUUAUCGCCCGCAAUUGCACCACGUAGCCAGUACCAAUUCGCGCACAACAACAGCAGCAGCAGCCGCAGCGACCACAGCACUAACACCAACACCAACAACAUUUCGCUUACUCUCCAUUCACUGUUGUUGCCCACAUUGCAUUGAAGCAGAAGUGUAGCCACCUUAGCUGUGCGCGCUACGCCAUCAGUAGUAAAUAAACGAGCGCACCGAUAACUAAUACGCUCGUAAUUUACGCGCUCUAAGAAGGCAACACGCCGCGCGCGCUUGUCAAUUGAUUUGUUAGUUCAAGCGUCGCGCAUUACACGCCGCACAUCGCGCAUCGUCCAGAAGUGCUAAAGUUUGCGAAUGAGAUAUUGAGCCGCUUGCUUUCGAAAGUAAGCGCCUGCCCAACGACUACAUUGAUUUUUCAUUUUUUUUUUGAAUUAUUGCGCUUUGACUUAAGAGCACAGCGCAACGCAGCAGCAGCAGCAAAAUAAUUACAAUUUCAUUGGGGAGCGUGAGCGUGAAACCCACUGAAGCAGCUAGCAAACGGAGACAGACGUGCAAAAUACGCAUACAGAGGCACAUUGCCACAAAUACAAGUGCAUACAAAUAUAUAAUAAUUUUGACGCGCAGUCACCACCACAAGCAGCAGCAACAGCAGCAGCCGCAGCAAAGCCAAAAGCAACGACAAAAUGUUCGCCGUAAUGAGAAUCGAAAACGAUGACUGCCGGUCGGAUUUCCGCCGCAAGAUGCGUCCAAAGUGUGAGUUCAUUUGCAAGUAUUGCCAGCGGCGUUUCACAAAGCCUUACAAUUUGAUGAUACACGAACGCACCCACAAAUCGCCCGAGAUAACGUAUUCCUGCGAGGUUUGCGGCAAAUAUUUCAAGCAACGCGACAACCUGCGUCAACACAGAUGUAGUCAAUGUGUAUGGCGAUAAACAGCAAACGCCAGCUCCAAUUUAAGCACUUCUCCUCUCAUGCACUUAAAUUAAAAUAAAAAUAAUAAAAAAAACAAAAAAAAAACAACAAAAAUAAAUAUUGCAUAAAUCAAGCAAAACGAAGAUAUAAAAAUGAAAAUUGAAAGCACAAACGUUGCACGCACGCACGCACGCACGUACUCUUACCACUACAGUUACUUAUAUAAAUAUGCACACAAAUGCACUUUGCACGCACCCAUACUUAUAAGGCAACAACUACAACUACAACAACAAUAAUUCCGCAAUAUGUUUAAAUAUGCAAGCAAAAUGAAAAAUUUAUUCGGCAAACGCUUUAAGUGGCGAAUGGCACGGAACUGCAUUUGAUCUCCCUGUGAUGGCAUUUGUAUAGGCAGUGGUGGUGAAAGGGGAAAUUUGGUUAAAAUGGUGAAAAACAAUUUGUUUUGGGUGUUUGGUUUAUUGAAAGGAGUUGCUGGAGAAGUGAUGUUUUAAAUGCAUAGAUAGAAAUGAAAAAAAGGAAGCCUGUGUAAAUAUCUGUGCUGCAACCUUCUCGCAUUUUCGGGCAGUGGUGAAGUAUGCACAUGGAUACUUGUGGACGCGUCUACUAAAACGACAAAACAAAAAAAUACAAAAAUUAUUUCAAAAAGUUAAACGUAAUAACCGACAUCACAAAGCGCAAACGCUUCAACUCAUUAACCCACUGCAAUGUAUGUGUGUGUGUAGGCAUGUAACAAUCCAGGACGCAGUAUACUGCCGUUAUACCGCAAACUUGCAAUCAUGAUUCACGCGCACCC